AUACUAAAUUCUCGAAGGAUCUUAAAGACCGAUGUGAAGGAGAUACGCCUAAGCGCAGCGGAAGCCGAAACCCUCACCGGCAAUGGCUCUUUUCACCGCGCGGCGCAAAUUAGCGACACAACUAAGCAAAAACCUCUCUUCGUCUACUUCUUCUUCUCAUUCUUCGUCGUUUUCAACGCUCUCUUCUCGUUCUCGAUUCGCCGUGCCUUUAGUUGACAAAGUUUCCUCGACCCGAACCGUACUGGGACCGUGUUACACAGCGACCCGACCCAAGACAUCCGGGUCAGGAUACUCUCCGCUGAACGAUCCUUCGCCGAAUUGGAGCAACCGUCCGCCGAAGGAGACGAUUCUUCUUGAUGGGUGCGAUUACGAGCACUGGCUCAUCGUCAUGGAGUUCACUGAUCCUAAACCCACCGAAGAUGAGAUGAUCAAUGCUUAUGUCAAAACCUUAACAUCCGUCGUCGGCAGCGAGGAGGAGGCAAAGAAGAAGAUUUACUCGGUUUGCACUUCGACCUACACUGGCUUUGGUGCUUUGAUCUCUGAAGAGCUUUCUUGCAAAGUCAAAGGAUUGCCUGGUGUUCUCUGGGUCCUUCCAGAUUCCUAUCUUGAUGUACCCAACAAAGACUAUGGAGGUGACUUGUACAUUGAAGGAAAGGUCAUACCCAGACCACAGUAUAGGUUCACUGAACAGCGCCAAACCAGAAAUCGGUCUAGGCCUAGGUACGAUAAGCGCCGCGAGACUAUGCAGGUGGAGAGAAGAGAACCGACACAGAACUGGAAUCAAAAUCAACCACCACCAUCCAUGGGUAGUCAAGCUCCAGCCACUAAUCCCGGAGAGUUAAACAAGGGCGGUGGUUAAUAAUGUUAUAAACCCUUCUCUAGUUAAUUUAUUUACAUGAACAAGUGUAAUGGAGUUUUUUUAGGCUUAUGAGUUA